AUGAAGGUGGAGGGUUUACAGGAGGACGAGGAGUCUGGUUCCGUCUCCUCGGCCGACCGGACCGCCGCCACCGCCUCCGUCCGCAGCAGCCCGAGCUCGGCCGAACGCUGCAUGUCUCGCCUGCUGAGCGCCGUAGAGAGCGAGCUGCAGGCGGGCCGGGAGAAGGGCGACCCGACGGAGAGAGAGCUGAGAGUAACGCUGGAGGACGCGGAGCUGUGGAGGAAGUUCCAACACAUCACCAACGAGAUGAUCGUCACCAAGAACGGCCGGCGGAUGUUCCCGGUGCUGAAGGUGAGCGUAUCGGGUCUCGACCCCAGCUCCAUGUAUUCCUUCCUGCUGGACUUCGUCCCGGCCGACGGCUGCCGCUGGAAGUUCGUGAACGGCGAGUGGGUCGCAGCGGGCCGAGCGGAGGGGCGGGGCGAGGGGCGGGGCCACGGAGGCAUCUACAUCCACCCAGACUCACCGAACUUCGGAGCUCACUGGAUGAAGGCGGCCGUCACUUUCAACAAGGUGAAACUCACCAACAAAGUCAACGGAGGAGGACAGAUCAUGUUGAACUCUCUCCAUAAGUACGAGCCGCAGCUUCACAUCGUGUGUGUCGGCUCUCGUCAUCGUUUGGUUUCCAACGUUUCCUUCAAAGAGACUCAGUUCAUCGCCGUCACCGCGUAUCAGAACGAGGAGAUCACGGCUCUGAAGAUCAAAUACAACCCGUUUGCUAAAGCCUUCCUGGACGCCAAAGAGAGGAUCCCAGGCGGGCGGGGCUUAACAGAGUCAUCAGAGAGUCGUGUUGGGAUUCAGCCGUGCUGGUCCCUGUGCUCAGCUGGAGGAGGCGGGGCUUUCCCGUACAGCAGCAGCAUCCCGCUGACGUCGCAUCAUCACCACGGUUACAAACACCACGGUUACCCCGGGCGACACACACCUUACCCCCCCACCUACCUGCCGCACCGCUCACACCCCUCAGUUUGUCUGUCUGAAGGAGUUCAGGUGUUAUCAGACGGGUGGAGCAGCUCCUCUCCUCGUCAGGUCUCCUCCUCUUCCUCCUCCUCCCUUCCUAUGACCAGCAGCGCUCCUUCCUCACAGCCUCCUCCUCUUCCUCCUCCUCCUCCUCCUCCUCCUCCUCACAGCUCCAGUCAGUAUCCCUGUCUGUGGACCGUCGGCUGCAGCGAGCUAAGCCCCGCCCACUCCCCGUGUGCCACUCUGCACGGACCAAUCAGCAGCGAGAGCCUCAUGCAGCCGCCCAAUCACGGCCGAGUAGGCGGAGCUGGAUGGCCACCAGGCCCCACCCACUCGUUCUGA